CCGCUAGCUAUUGUGACACUGGAUAUAAAAGGGGAGCAGGAGGCAGGCGACAGACCUGUACACCAACAACAGACACAGCAUGACUUCAGUCAGGACCACGCGCUGGUGGAUUUAAACGCACAAGCCCUCCUCUCCCUAACAUGCCAAGCCUAAUCACAGAACCACUGACACCGCUUUUUAACAUGGAGAGAGACGACCGCAAGAGAAACAAGAACAUUGGAAAGAACUUGAUGUGCCGACUGCAGUGCAUGUUUUCACACUCAUCAACCCCUGAGACGAGGCUAACUUUAGAGGAGACACAACAAUGGACCCAGUCUCUUGAGCGACUACUUGAUUCAAAAUAUGGCCUAGCAACGUUCCGAACCUAUCUGAAAUCGGAAUUUAGCGACGAGAACAUUGAAUUCUGGCUCACAUGUGAGGAGUACAAGAAAAUCAAAUCUUCCUUCAGGAUGACCUCAAAAGCUAAGAAAAUCUACGAGCAGUUUGUGAAAGCUGAGUCUCCUAAAGAGAUAAAUAUUGAUUACCACACCCGAGAACAGAUCAAAAGGAAUGUGAAGAACCCCACAAUACACUGCUUUGAUGAAGCUCAGAGGAUAGUGUAUGGAUUGAUGGAGCGGGAUUCCUACCCCAGAUUCCUGAGGUCGGACAUGUACAGAACCUUACUGGAAAACCUUGCUGCUGAUGCUGUCAAAGGCUGAAGAGGACCACCCCUCUUCCCACCCUCCCACCUCCCCCCGAAAGAAAACGACAACAACAGAAAAAAAAAGAACUGGACAUUGGGUUUCCAAGAAACCCAGAGAGUUGCUGCUGAGAGACAAGACAGAGCAAUACCCCUAAAAAAACACAGACAGAUCCACACCACUACCACCCUGAUGGUCCACCAAAACCUCCAGAGCCAGGGAGGUUGGGGGUGGGGAUGCUGGAGUGGAAAGCCCCAGAGCAGGUCCGGAUGGUGGCUGAGACAGUUUCGGUCCAGGACAACCAACCACUUGAGGGCUCCCAGCCCAGCAGUAGAGUGCGGCUGCAGUCUGGAGGCCUGGAGCAUGUGGCCCGAGUCGUCCCUUCUCGCGGAGGUGUUUCCUGUUGCCUCUGAUAAGGACGAGGAACAUUUCUGCAGCCCAUCCGGUGGUUUGCGAAGCCACAGCGCAGGCAGCUACUGUAAUCAGCUAAUCAGAGUAGUCACAGCCAUCAGGAGAGAAACAUGUCUGCAACCAUGACUCUUCAUUAUUACCCUCUAUACUUUUUUUUAAAUAUCCAUUUUAUGAACACUGUCGCUCUUCUUCCCCAACUAGGUGCACUAUGACCUAAUGGAGUGAUCCAAGGUAGUGACAGUAGAAUGUGUUUCACUGAUGUCAGAGUUUGAAGUCUUUUUUGGCUUACAUGCACAUACUUUAAUGAUUGGACACUAAAGUGUCAUAAUAUUUAAAACUGAGGUGGGAAUUAUUCAAGCAAUUCUGCUACCAAAUAUGAAUGGGAUGAGCUGAUUUGGUGGCAAGAUUUAGUGACAAGAUUCCACCCUGUACAUGAAUGUAGUGCUAUUUAUUACCCACAGCCACUGGUUGGAUGCUGACUUUUGCUGUGUUUCUAUGUAUCAAAUGUAAUUAUAAAUAAAGUUUAAUUUAUUUUGAAA